CGCGACAAAGGCUGGCAGGAGCAAACGUGACACAAAUGUAAGAUGGAGAUCAGAAAAAGAGCAAGAGAUCAGAAAGCGGGUUCCGAAGUGGACGGCCGUAACAGACGGGAGACUGCGAAUGGACGCUCCGUCAACGUUUCGGACUUGUACGAAAAGAUUGGUCGCGUUGGUGAAGGAACUUACGGGAUUGUCUACAAAGCACGAAAUCUCCAAACAAAAGAGUACGUCGCGCUGAAACGAUGUAUUCCACACAACGAAUCAAGUGAUGGUUUUCCGGUCACUACUCUUCGAGAAAUCCAAUCUUUGCGAAUUUGCGGUAGGCACCCCAACGUUGUCGCACUGGAAACAGUUGCCGUUUCGAAGAAUGGCGUUUUUCUCGUGUUUGAAUUUUGCGAGCACGAUCUUGCGGAUCUAAUCGAUCGGCACUAUCAAAAGCAUAAAAAAAGCCCUUUUCGAGAAUCCUCUGUCAAAACACUUCUGAUCCAGCUUCUUGGUGCCUUGGAUUAUGUGCAUUGCCAUCAUUUGAUUCACCGAGAUCUCAAAUUGAGCAAUUUGUUGUAUACCCGACGAGGGGUUUUGAAACUCGCCGAUUUUGGUUUGUCGCGCCCAUUUUCUUCCAGUGGCAACAACGCAGCGCUCACACCGCAAGUCGCUUCUCUCUGGUACCGUCCUCCCGAACUACUCCUAGGAAGCAGGCAAUAUACGCAAUCAAUUGACAUAUGGGCUACGGGAUGCAUAUUUGCAGAGUUCUUGCAGGGAAUGCCACUAUUAAAUGGAAAAACAGAAGCAGAUCAGUUGAAUAGGAUGUUUCACACCCUCGGCGUUCCAGACGAUCUCGAAUGGCCUGAUCUACCGGCGAUGCCUCUUCUUCAAGACGGCACCAUCAGGCUUCCUGACAGACAAACAAGUCUCAAUACGUUAUUGGAUACAUUUGCUUUUCUGUCGACAGAAGGUCUUCGCCUUCUCUGCACAUUGCUUCGGUAUGAUCCGAACAGGCGAGGAACCGCUCGACAAGCUUUAACAUCCCACUAUUUUUCGGACCUGCCUUUGCCCACUACCGAAGCAGACAUGCCGAAAUUUCGGUAA